GAUAUACAACUAUAGUUUACUGGUGGUUUACCAAGUCUAUGUGUGGUUUUCAUUCAGAGGGAAGGAAAAAACAACACCUUGUCACUGCAAUUAAGAAUGAUACAAGCAUGGAUGAAAAAAAAUUGCAAAAAUUAUUGGCAAGGACUCAGGCAAGGAAAAACCAGCUUGUCAAAAAGCGUGAAGAACUUGAAGCAUGCAGAGCUAAGAGAAAUUCGCCCAUUCAUGAUAGGACUCGGCGUCCCUUGUCAGAAGACAACACUGACAGCUGCUCGGCUGAGGUGGAUACUGAUGACAUCAAAAGACGCAGAAUUGGCAGUGAGGACAGUGGCAAAAGUGCUAUUUUGCAAAAUUCCAAGGACAUUGAUGUUAAUAGCCCAUCAGUUCAGGCAAGAAAAGAAAGGCUGAUGAAGAUGCAACAGAAAGAUCAAGAAAAUGGUGCAACGCCAAAGAAACAUUGGAAAGCUGUAACCCAAGGAACUGGAGUGAACAAUUGCAAUGUCAGUAGCCCUAGUGUAGCAUCACGAUCUGCAGCAUUCCAAGCCAAUGCUGCAAAGGAUCAACAGAAGGAGAAUAUAAAGGACAAGAAAUAUCUUGAGCCUCAGGCAUCACAUACCCCUAGUAAACUGGCUGAGGCACGGAGUGUGUUUGAGAAUGGUGUGUCAACAAAAAGCAGAGUGAAUAUUGAAAAAGAGAAAUUUAUACCUCCCCCUAAGCCCCCGAGAGUGGCAGUCACUGAGGACAUUUCUGAUGAAAGCUCCGAAGAACAGUUGCAAGCAGCUAAGAGAAAAGCUCCAUCUCCACCAAAGAAUACUAAAGGAAACAAAGGCAGAGAUCAAAAUAGCAACUCUGUGAUCAAACGGAAAGCUCCAGAACCUCCUACAACUUGUCAGGAUCAAAGCCAGAUUAAGAAUGACAAUAAGAGUGAUAUGGCAAAAAUCAGCAAAGGUGCAGAUGAAAAAAAAAAGGGUGCCAAAACAAGUCAAAGAAGUUCAUCCACUGAUGAGGAAGGCAAUGGAAACUUUUCCCCUGUUCCAGUCAAACGGGAAAGGAAAGGAAGUGUUGAUGAUUUAAAUGGUGUCAACAAAGCUGAUGGUGAUCUACCUAUGCCAAAACCACGAAAAAAAGUGAUUAACUUGAAUGAAGCAGGCAAUGAAGCACAGGAAAGAUGUGCUGACAAUAAGAAAGUGAAAGAAAAUAGAAGGGAAGAAACUUCAGAUGACAAAGUGACUAUUGUUGCCACUCCAGUUGGCAGUGAUGAGAGAGUGAAGCUGAAUCAUGGAAAGCAACUGACAGAAGAAAAACCACAUGUCAUCCAGGCCUGUGUGGUUGAAGAGAAAAGCCCAAAAGUUGUUGUUGCAAACAGGGAAAUCACUGGAAGCAUUGUUACCGUCAAAGCAGUUUCCUGUGAUAAUUCAGAAGAAAAAAGGAUUGAGAACAAAAGGGAAAAAACCAGAGUCAAUGCAGUGAAAGAAUCCAAAACAGAGAAACCUCCAAGUGCUGCCAAAGUAGCUGACCAGGAUUCCAAACAGGCGGUAACACCUGUUGUGUGGGAGAAACAGGCCCAAGGCUCUUCAAAGAAGCCAAGAAAAUCUACUAAAAGAGAGGAGUUUGCAUUUAAAGUUCCUAGAAGACCUACCAAAGAGUCCCACUUUGAUCCAAAUGAAACAAUCAACCUUAACGAUGUAAACAUUCAUGAAAUGACAUUCACCUUUGACUUUGGUCAGUUCGAUGAACUUGAGAAAGAGAGGGAGGGCAUUUUUCAAAUGAGCUAUGAAGAGAAGUGUAAACAGCUUGAGAAAGAACAAAAGAGAGAAGAGAGGAAGAGGAAAGAAACUGCUUCAACAUCUUCCAUGGAGUCUGAUAGAGAGGAAAGAGGCACCUACCAAUCUGGAUACAACAGCCAGACUAGUGAACAAUAUGCUACCAAGACAGUGCACAAGCCUAAACAGCCAGUACCACAGCGACCAAAGAGAAUACAAGAUGAGAUUAAAGUCCUCCUUGAGGAGGCAGCAUACCAACAGAACAUUGUCCUUCAGGCAAGUCAAGCUCUGAAUUUGUGUGUUGCCAAUGACAUCACCUUUAAAGGUUCCCGGGAAGAAAUUGAAGCAGAAAAAGUGUUAUUACUUGCAAAUCUUGGUGUGUUUUACUUUGUCUGCAUCGUCCAACAUGGGCCACAUGAGUUUUACUGUUCUAGAGUUUUAUCAACAAAUGAUGCCACUGAGGGAAACUUUCUGAUGUUCCCUGACAAAUUUACUUGGAAGGACCUUAAACCAGAUUUUGCGCUUCACUCACCUUGCUUCGUCUUCUCGGAUAAGACGUCAAGCCGGAGGUCCCGUCUCCUGCAGGGUUUGGGCGACUCAAGUUUCAGCGUCACCACAAACAGUGUUCAGAACUACAGCAGUGUCAAUGGAUUUCUGACCAUCUUAGAGGACAUUGGGGGCUAUGGAGCCUGGCAGAGAAGAUGGUGUGUGCUACAAGGAGCUGUGAUGUCCUAUUGGAGAUAUCCAGGAGAUGAGGAAACCAAGUCCCCAAUGGGCUGCAUCAAUUUGGCAGAUUGUAUCAGUGAAGAAGUCACAAGAGUGGCGAGAGACCUGUGUGCUCGUCCAAACACCAUGGAACUGAAGCUCAGGAGGUCUUGUGGUACUGAAGUCAAGUACCUGUUGGCUGCUGAUACCAAAAUGGACCGUGCAACAUGGAUUGACAGUCUAAAUGAAGCACUCAGAGAUGGCCGUGCAUGGACAGGAAAGGAUAAGGAAGCCCUGUGGGAAAUUAACGUCUCCUACCCCAAACCCUGCAGGAGACGGGACCUCCGGCUUCACGUCUUAUCCGAGAAGACGAAGCAAGCGACUCAAGUUUCAGCGUCACCACAAACAGUGUUCAGAACUAGUAGUUUUGUGCCUGUUGGAGUGACACAUGUCAACCUGCCAAUCAUCAAAUCAAAACGAUUUUCCCUUGAUAAGGUGCCUGACACUUGUCCUUUGACAAACUUCUUGGAAAUGAAAGUUGACUGCUCUCCUCAAUACAGCAGCAGUGUCAAUGGAUUUCUGACCAUCUUAGAGGACAUUGGGGGCUAUGGAGCCUGGCAGAGAAGAUGGUGUGUGCUACAAGGAGCUGUGAUGUCCUAUUGGAGAUAUCCAGGAGAUGAGGAAACCAAGUCCCCAAUGGGCUGCAUCAAUUUGGCAGAUUGUAUCAGUGAAGAAGUCACAAGAGUGGCGAGAGACCUGUGUGCUCGUCCAAACACCAUGGAACUGAAGCUCAGGAGGUCUUGUGGUACUGAAGUCAAGUACCUGUUGGCUGCUGAUACCAAAAUGGACCGUGCAACAUGGAUUGACAGUCUAAAUGAAGCACUCAGAGAUGGCCGUGCAUGGACAGGAAAGGAUAAGGAAGCCCUGUACCCUGACUUGAGCCACCUACACAAUCAAGAUGUUUAUAUGUGUUCAAAGGCUACUGUCUGAGCAUUUUGGCUUUGGAUAUAUCAAAUGUGCUUCUAUUGACUUUGCAAUGCCUGUAGCACCUUUGACAUAAAAUGAACAAGUUUAUUAUAAUUGUAAGUUUCUACAUGUGAAUUGUAGAGCUUGAUCAACUAUCAAUUCAAAUGAGUAGUUGAUGCUUGAAUGCAAUUGUCUUUUUGUAGACAUUACAUUAAAUAACUGGAAGAUUUAAGCCAAAUUCUGAAUUUUAGAAAUAACUGUCACUUAAUAUAACUUUAUUUUAACAGAUGAUAUGUCAUGUCUUUUUGCACACCAGAGCUGUUGUAAAACACAAGUCAGAUUUCCAGUCUAGAGGAGGUUUCAGUCUUGUCAUAGCAAUUGCAUCACAAUGCUGUAUUCCUAAAAAACAAGAAGGGAAAUUUAAAGCUCAUGAUGGUCCUUAUAUGAUGGCAUUAUUUACCUCUCCCCUUAGUUUGGAUAGUAAAUGAAAGAUCUUAACUUUGUCUCCUUUGCAACCAUUCUUUGAGCCAGGCACUGCAUGGCAUUCCAAAGAACAGUUGCAAAGGAGACUAGAUUAUACCUUGGAUAUUCAGGGAUGUUUUGAGAUCAAUGUAUUUGAUUUCUGGAAAUUAGUAAGCAAUGACUCUUUCCAUCAACUUCCCUAUUACUGCGGUACAACUUUUGUUAGGCAAAACAGUGAAUCAAUAUUUUCAGUCAAUGGGCUAUAAAUUGUCUACAAUGAAAUUGAGAAUUAAUAGAUGAGAGGGACAGUUUUGAGCUGGAUUUACUACUUGCUGAAUGAUCAUAUUUUAACGUCAAUAAUUAAGAAGAGGUGGAAUAUAAUUAAUAUAGUACACUUGCAAAUUUUAAUUAACGUU